GGAGCACCGCCAGCUCCCGGCGUCCCGCGGCGGCUGCAGCGGAGCCGGCGGGGUGGCUGCUUCCCUCCGUGCUGGCCGGCGUGUUCCCUGCCCUUCCCGCGCCCAUGGAGCUGCUGUGCAUGGAAGCCGUCCCCCGUGUGCCCCGCGCCGGGCCUGACCCGCAGCUCCUCGGGGACCGGCGGGUGCUGCAGAACCUGCUGAGCCAGGAGGAGCGUUACAGUCCCCGCGCUUACUACUUCCAGUGCGUGCAGCAGGAGAUCAAGCCUUACAUGCGGAAAAUGCUGGCUUUCUGGAUGCUGGAGGUCUGUGAGGAGCAGAAGUGUGAAGAAGAGGUCUUCCCCUUGGCCAUGAAUUACGUGGAUCGCUACCUAUCGUCAGUCCGCAUACGGAGAAAUCAGCUGCAGCUUCUGGGAGCGGUUUGCAUGCUCCUGGCUUCCAAGUUGCGAGAAACCAUGCCCUUGACUGUGGAGAAACUCUGCUUUUACACAGACAACUCCAUCACACCUCAGCAGCUCCUGGACUGGGAAGUUCUAGUCUUGGAGAAGCUAAAAUGGGACCUAGUCUCAGUGACGGCAAACGAUUUCUUGCUUCACAUCCUCCAUCGCCUCCCGCUGCCUAAGGACAAGAUGGAACUGGUGAAGAAACACGCCCAGACCUUUAUCGCCCUGUGUGCCACAGACUACACUUUCGUCAUGUACCCCCCAUCCAUGAUUGCGACAGGCAGUAUCGGAGCAGCGAUCCACGGCUUGACGAUCUCCGUGAACAAUUUCACCGGAGAGGCGAUCACGGAGCUGCUGGCCAGCAUCACUGGCACGGAGGUGGACUGCUUGAAAGCCUGUCAGGAGCAGAUUGAGGCCACCUUAGCAGAGAGCCUAAAACAGGCAUCCCAAACCCAACCGGAAUACAGCACCGCCAAGACUGCUGCUUACCCGGCCAGCCAGCCCACCAGCACACCCACAGACGUCACGGACAUCGACCUGUGAUCAUCCUUCCCUUCCCCGAGAGCCGCCCAGCCCCGCCGUGCCAGCACCUCGCCCUGGACACCGAAACAUCGCUGCAUCCCACCUACCCAUCCAUCAGCCGCCCUCCAGCUGACGCCCGCUGAGGAUUUGAUCCGUGCCGGUCUGUCAGAGCUCGACGCUGCUCAUCCGCUUCUGCAGGUGGCUGGGGUGAAGCGACCGUUUUUUCGUGGUGGCAGGGCACAGGAAUAGCUGGGGAGGGAGCAGGACCUAAAAUGAAGUUGUAAAAUGUUUCUCAGUUCAUGUUCCUCAAAGCCCGGCUGUUCAUCGCCUCCUCAGGAGCGUUCACCGUGAUGACUUCCAGCCCUGUGUUGGCCUUCAAUCAUGGAGAGCGAGCCUCUUACGCUGGCCUACGAGACCAAAAUCCUUGAGAACCCCCAAACCUCCCUCCCUGGGCCGGGGUGCUGCAGGCUCAUGGGACACAAGCGAUUGUCUAGAAGGGAGCCCUUCGCUCCCAAUUGCUUCGUGCCGGAUCGCUGUGGCUCCCGCGAGGCUGCUUCUGCUCAGAGGGGAAACGCGUGGCUUGUUUCUUGUUGCCGUUAAGAUUAGGGAAUUGUGGGUUUGGGGCUUGCUUGGGGGAUGUGUUCCCCAUCUGCAUGGACAGCAGAGGAGCAGCCUCCUGAGCGAGGUUGGAGCGUGAUCUCCUUGGCUUUCCGCUGCCCCACUGAGGCUGCUGAAUUUAUUGUUAACUGCUGGGAAAUGCGGAGGGAGGAGACUUUGCAGUCUUUGCAGGACUCUGGUCUCCUCUUUCCAAAAGAGUGCCUUCACCCUUUAUUCCCUUCCCUACUCCCUGGGCCAUGGGAGACUCUCACUUGGAAGCUGGUUGGUUUUUCAGGUAGCUUAGAGAUCAGCCUAGAUGAUAAGAAAUACAUUUGAAUGUGCUGCUAUAGUCUGAAAUGCAUCUUCGCUCCUCCAAGGCAGGGAUCUUGGAUCACAUCCAGGAGGGGGCUGCGUUGCAUCUAUAUCCAUGUGGGUCCCAGGCGUCUCCUCAUUGGGUGGAAAACUUGCUGCGCACUUGAAAAAGCGAUUGCAUUUUUUGUAUUGUUGUUGUUGUUGAUCCUGUCUGUUUAGUUUUUAUAGAAGGUGUUUAAAAAAAAAAAAAUAAUAAUAAUGCUGCUUUUCUAAGAGGGAAAAAGAAAAACCCCAUUAAAUAGUGGAAUUGUAUUAACCAAGAGAAACCAGAGAGACUCGGCAGGGUCGGGAGGCAGAAAGCUGCUGCUCAGUGACCUUGGGAAAUGUGGAUCUGUGGCUGCUGUGCUCCCGCAGGGGAUGUGGAGAAGGAGGGAGAGCCCUGCCUUUUUUGGUGCCACUAGAGACAAAAGCCUUAUCCGGUGGAAAAGGAUGGGGCUGCUGCUCUUCCACCAGCCUGACUUGUCUGGAAGAGCCAUUCGCCACCGCCUCCUGCUAGCGGGAGGGCUGGGGGAGCGCAGGGCCCGUCUGUGCUAAAAGAAAACUUUUUUUUUUUAUAUAUAUAUAAAUGGAGUUUUAAUUUAAGAGUAAACUGGUUUGGUGUUCACAUGCGAGAGUCCCGCUGCUGGGAGAAUCAGAGGACCAUAUAAUGUUGCAAUAAAGUGUUUUAAACAAG